UAGGUUGGGUAGCAAGUUACGUUUUGAUCUGCGACUGUGUUGUUGUCACGUGACAUGAUACGUAAUCAAUGUGUGCCUAGUUGUCUCGGUACCAAGGAGUGAGUUACUGAAGUAAAGAGAAAGUAUAACUUGCAGAAAAAUGAGGAAGAAAAGCCAAGCCGGGGAUAAAGUACAGGGGAAGAAGAUGAGUGCGGAAGCAGCAGAUCGAGAGGCAGCAACUUCUAGCCGGCCGUGUACUCCUCCGCAGACUUCAUGGUUUGAAUUCUUGCUUGAUGAGUCAUUGUUGGAGAGUCAUUUGCAGAAAUCUUUUCCAGAUCCCCCACCUGUUCAGCUGAUUGUCCAGUUUCUGGAACAAGCUUCCAAGCCCACUGUAAAUGAGCAGAAUCAGGUGCAGCCUCCAACUGACAACAAAAGAAACCGCACUCUCAAACUACUAGCUCUGAAGGUGGCUGCGCAUUUGAAGUGGGAUCUAGAUAUCCUGGAGAAAAGUCUGUCGGUUCCUGUUCUGAAUAUGUUGCUUAAUGAGCUGCUGUGUGUGAGUAAAGUGCCUCCAGGUAUGAAGCACGUGGAUCUCGACCUCUCAAGCUUACCCCCAACCACUGUCAUGGCAGUCAUGCUUUACAACCGAUGGGCCAUCCGGACUAUUGUGCAAAGCAGUUUUCCUGUAAAGCCUGUUAAACAAGGCCCCCUGCAGCCUAAUGUAAUGAAUCAAAUUCAACAGGAGAAAGAGCUUACUGAAAAUAUUUUAAAAGUGCUGAAGGAACAGGCAGAUGAUUCUAUUGCUGUGCUAGAAGAAGCUCUCAAACUAAAGAAAAACUUCUAUGUCCAUACAAUGAGGACUUUAGACCUUUUGGCUGUGGAACCUGGCAUGGUAAAUGGAGAAACACAGAAUUCAACAGCUGGGUUAAAAAUUAGUUCUGAAGAAAUGCAUUGCCAGGUGUGCUACGACUUGGGAGCCCUUUAUUUCCAACAAGGAUCUGUAAACCCUCCCAGUUAUGAGAAAGCCAGAGACCAUUUUUUUAACACAAAACAGUUGCUUGCAAAGUUUGGUGCAGUGUCUGACCACUGCUUCAUAGAUGAAAAGAGGCUGGCAGGGUACUGUCAAGCCUGUGGAGUCCUUGCUCCAUCAACUGCAAUUACCCAUCUAUCAACACCUUACUGCCAGAUCCACAAUUUCAUGAAGUCUGGCAAUUACCAGGGCAUAAUAAAGAUUUUUUUUGAAGAUAAUCAAACCUGCAGUUUACCAGAUCAGUUCAGACAGUCUGUCCUAAGAGAGCUAUUUCAGAAAGCACAGCAGGGGAACGAAGCUCUGGCUGAAGUUUGUUUUAAAGUAUGUGCAUGCAACACAGUAUGUGACAUUCUUCAUGGUCGGCCCAGCAGUGUUCACUUUAAUCAGCUCUUCAUGAGACCAAACAAAGAGAAAAUAGACUAUCUUCUAGAGGUUUGUUCCAAGUCAUUGAAUUUAAACCAAUCAUCAUCAGACACAGCGAAAAGAACAAUUGCAACAUUUUUAAAGGACCUUUGUCUGGGAAUGGAAGACCUGCAAUUAGUGUUUAUGAUUUCUUCCCAUGAGCUUUUCAUUAAGUUACUCACAGAUGAUGAAAGGAAGAUGUUAGUAGAGCAAAUAAGAAAGAGAAAUUCACGGGUCAAUCUCUGUACUAAACCUGUGACAUCUUUUUAUGACAUACCAGCUUCUGCUAGUGUUAAUAUUGGCCAACUGGAACAUCAGCUCAUACUGAGUGUGGAUCCGUGGAGAAUCAGACAGAUCUUAAUAGAGUUGCAUGGGAUGACAUCAGACAGCCAGUACUGGAUGGUGUCAAGCAAAUGGGAAAUACCUUCAAUUUAUAGUGGAAUAAUACUUGGAAUUAAAGAUAACCUGACACGGGAUAUGGUCUUUAUCCUCAUGGCCAAGGGGUUACACUGUAGUGCAAUUAAGAAUUACCUUCAGGCUAAGCAACUUUUUGCAGCCUGCCUGGAGCUAGUGACUGAGUUUUCUCCUAAGCUCCGUCAGGUCACGCUCAAUGAGAUGCUGCUUUUAGACAUUCGCACAUAUGAAGCUGGAACUGGUCUAUCUGGGGAGCGUCCAGCUCCUGAACUAAUUAGCAGGGUCCGUGGUUAUCUUGAAAUGAGGAUUCCUGAUAUCCCUCUUCGUCAAAUUGUGUCAGAAGAGUGUGUGGCUUUCUUGCUUAACUGGCGGGAAAAUGAAUACCUAACUCAGCAAGUGCCUGCAUCUUUGGUGCAAAGUAAUCCUUAUGUUAAGGAGUGAACUGGUUUCUUUCAUUAAAAAGCUACGGGAACCGUUGGUCUUAACAACAUUGCUGUCACUGUUUGUCAAGCUUCAUAAUCUCCGGGAGGAUAUUGUAAAUGAUAUCAGUGCUGAGCAUAUUAAUAUCUGGCCAGCCUCCAUUCCUAACCUGCAGUCUGUAGAUUUUGAUGCAGUAUCUGUCACUCUGAAAGAAUUAGUCAACUACGCACUAACCAUAAAUUCAAACAACCACUCCUGGCUCAUUGUUCAAGCUGAUAUUUAUUUUGCAACCAAUCAAUAUUCUGCUGCUCUCAACUACUAUCUUCAAGCAGGAGCAGUGUGCUCUGAAUUUUUCACAAAGCAAGUACCACCAGAAAUAUAUACAGAUCAGGUGAUUAAAAGAAUGAUAAAAUGUUGUUCGCUGCUGAACUGCCACACACAAGUAGCAAUUCUAUGCCAGUUUCUUCGAGAAGUUGACUAUAAAACAGCAUUUAAAGCCCUACAGGAACAGAACAGCCACGAUGCAAUGGAUUCGUAUUAUGAAUAUAUCUGGGAUGUGACUAUACUGGAAUACCUCACAUAUCUGCACCAUAAAAGAGGAGAAAUGGAUAAAAGACAAAUAGCGAUAAGAUCUAUUGGCCAGACAGAACUUAAUGCAAGUAACCCAGAAGAAGUAUUACUGCUUGCUGCACAGAGGCGCAAAAAGAUGUUUCUUCAAGCUAUGGCAAAGCUUUACUUUUGAUUUCAAUCAAGAACAUGUAUAUAAUGCUAUAUUCUUUGAUAAAAUACAAAUAAAAAAUAUAAAAUGAACAAGAA